AUGCCCCGACCAGCCGCUAUCCUCAACAAAGGCGCCGUUGCCCUCGUGACCGGCGCUGCCUCCGGUAUCGGCCUCGCCGCCUCCAAAGCCUUCGCCGCGCGCGGCCUGCACAUCGUCGCAGUCGACGUCAGCUCGAAGCUCGAUGCCGCCGUCAAGGAGAUCAAGGGCGUAGACGGAGUUGGGCAGGUCGAGGGGAUCAAGUGCGAUGUGUCCAAGAUCUCAGAGGUGGAGGAAUUGCGCGAGAAGGUGCUGGAUCUGUUUGGCGAGGUCGACGUCCUCCUGAAUAACGCGGGUAUCGGACCCAAAUCAUCCGCCUUCUCCCUCACUACCUCCCUGGCGGACCUUCAGGCCACAUGGCACCAGACGCUCGAUACCAAUUUCUUUGGGAUCCUGAAUGUCGCACAGGCGUUUGCGCCCCAUAUGGCCCGACAGGAGAAUGCGAGCUGUAUCAUCAAUACGGGGAGUAAGCAGGGUAUCACCUGUCCGCCCGGAAAUGCCGGCUACAACGUCUCGAAAGCUGCCGUCAAGGCCUUUACGGAGCAGCUCGCCCACGAGCUCAGGAACGUCUCGGACGUCUGUUCCGCCCACCUCUUCGUUCCCGGCUGGGUCCAUACUGGCCUCACUGGCGCCGGGUCGGGCAACGCCAAGCCGCACGGCGCGUGGACACCCGAACAGACCGUCGAUUACAUGAUGGAGAAGGUGUUCGAAGAGGGCGACUUCUACGUCAUCUGCCCGGACAAUGAUACUACGGUGUCCCUCGAUAAAGCCAGGAUUCAGUGGAAUACUAGCGAUAUCAUCGAGAACCGGCCGGCGCUUUCCAGGUGGCACCCGGCUUACAAGGCUCGGUAUGAAGAUUUUAUCCAGUCCAAGCAGGGCCUGAGCGCCCGGAGCCGGAGUCGCGGUAGGACGCCUUUACAGAUGGAGACGCACCACAGUCCCGGCCCGAGCCGGAUUGACGAGUAG